UUGUUACAACGCCAGUAUCCUCAUAUCAUGUACGUCGACAGCUACAACAGCCACGGCUUGAUGGUCAGCAGAAGCCACGUGCUGGUCCCCUGCACACUGCCGGCUCACGUGGUACAAUGGAAUGUGGCAUCCCACCCGGACAUCACCGAGAAAAGCUUAUCCCUCUACUGGCUGCUUGGACCCCGGAUAGAGAUUGUCAUGGCAGGAACUGGGAACCCGCAGACAGAGCAGCUGCAGCCUGGGGUCCUGCGAGCCGUGAGGCAGCACGGCUGGGCAGUGCAAACGCAGGACACGCCCAGCUGUGCCACCUUCAGCUUCCUGUGUCACAAAGGUCGGGUGAUGAUGGUGGCUCUCAUCCCUCCCUUCCCACAAAGAGAUCUCAUUGCUGUGUGUUAG